UUGGUAAAUCUUUUUUGCAACUAUGCUUCCUGCAGGGGAAAAAAGAGCAAAACUAAGAGCACGACGUCCUGCGCUCAUAAGUACAGAGACAUGAAUCGACAACAUGUCACGUGUUCCAGAAACUAAAGGGCUUUCCAUGAAUCUGCAAUCCAAUCUGCGUGCCUCUGGCCUCUGCUAGUGAAGAACAUGGCUCGUUGAAUUUAGAAGGGAGUUAGGAGAAGAAGAAUGAAGUUUGUUGGUGGAAGUGUGCGGUAGAAAGAGUUAAGUGUUGGUACUUUUUUUUUUGUUAAAG